UGGAGGAGCUGCAAUCCCGUCUGGACCCCCGUCGAUCAUCCACCGUCUACUUUCUGCACUCCCUUCGUCUUCCCUAUCCUCCCGACUCUUUCUCGCCUCUCCACCAUGUUGCGACCUUUCCCUGGAUGUCCUUUAAUUAGCUCAUCCAUCGCCUGCCCUGUUCAUUUCCCCUCCCCUCUUAUAGCUGCCUCUGCUGCGUCGCUCGUCUCACCCUGAGCUGCUUUCCCUGUCCACUCAGCCGACGGCCAGUCUCUGCAUUUCUAGACCUUUGCUGCGCCUGCAUCUCCUAGACAACCCUGUGCAACGUCUAUCCUUCUAAGCAUCUGUGCUACCUUCUAUGUUCAUUGGUCAACAACGCUCCAUUUGCUCGCAGAGGAUACUACCCAGUACCUCUUUCCCCCCAGAUUUGUCCACGCCGCAUCGAGAACCGGAGGCUGUCGCACACUCGCAAGACCAUGUCACGUUCUCGUCUACCGCCAACUCCCUCCAUGUCAGGGGAGUUCACCAUCAAGGAGCAAGUAUCUGUCGAUGGGACAGAUGCAUUUGCCUUGCCUCCCGCCGCCAUGAGCCCGUCCAAGCUGCCGAACGCUGCCAGUAGGAGGUCAUCCAAGACCGACUCCGCCUAUCUUCCAGCAUCGCCAACGUCGCCCGAGUUUGGCCCGGGGCGUACGGCGUCGUCGACUCGUCAGGCCGGGGUCAAGCGGUCCCUGGAGGAUUUCGAACUUCCCCCACCUCCCACUCGCACUCGCAAGAUCAUUCAGAUGAAGCCGAAAACGCAAAAUUCCCCUAAGCCAGCACCGGCCUCCAGCAAAUCAUCGACCAAGGAGAGCAACAAGAACGCCCCCAACAAUGCCAACAUUGCAACCCCUGCCGCGUCUAAAAAGAAACAGCCAAGUGCUACCAGUGCCGCCGGUCGCAAGAUUGCCAGAAAGACAGCCCACAGCCUGAUCGAACGGCGACGACGAUCGAAAAUGAACGAGGAAUUCGGGACUUUGAAGGAUAUGAUCCCGGCUUGUAAAGGCCAAGACAUGCAUAAACUGUCAAUUCUACAGGCUAGCAUUGAAUAUGUCAACUAUCUAGAGCAAUGUAUCCAGGAUCUCAAAAUGGCGGGUGGUCAACAAUCGCCCAUGCUCCAACACAUGCCACCGGGUCCUCCCUCGCCAACAUCUCCCGAAGCUCUGCCGGAAUUCACUGGUAGCACGUACUCGGCUUCGGUGUCUCCAGACCUUUAUCCUAUUAGUAACCAAAUGAACGAGACGUCGCCGGUAUUCUCUCCUCAAGGCCAUGUGCCUUCAGCAGGAAUCCCCUCCGAGGUUGCUCCGUCGGUUCUUCCCAGUCCGGCAUUGGGACCUAUGCAAUCUUCGCCAUCGAUCGAGCCACAGUACCGCAACCCUUCGUCGGCCGACGUGGAUCAUGAAGCGUCGGCCGCGCUGCUCAUGCUGAACCGGGAUUGCCGACAGGCCACGAGCCUGGCCGAUGGCGAGCGUUCUGGGUCGAUUUCGGGUCCGCCGGAGGGACAGGAGUAUUCCCACCCUGAUAACCAAAGACGAAUGGGGAUGAGUGUCAAAGAACUCCUGAUCUCUUAAUCUGCUGUUUCCUUCCUCCGAUUGUUAUUUAGUGCAGGUCGCAGUGCCGAUAUAUACGAUGCCCUGGCGUGGCGUGGGGUUCCCACCACCUUCACGAGCGCAUGUCACCUUCCGUGCGGGGGCAUCGGCCAGCGACGUUGACCAAAAUUUUCCUUGCGUGUAUGAAAUGUAUUUGAUGAAUUAGCCUAUGGUUGUUUGGUGGGGUUAUGUCGGACAAAAUUCCUGUUUUUCUUUUUUUGCCCUUUUCACUCGAAAUGUUUAAUACCCAUAAUUAAGAGACAUCAAGACUUAUAAAACAAAUAACCUCAAGAUAC